UCAGACGCCAGAAGGGAGUUUUCCACUGACGAAAAAGGAUACGAUCCCGAGCAGGCUGGAUCAGACAAGGGAGCGUUUCAGCUGCUGCAGAUCUCAUACAAUAAGCAGGAGCAAAAGUCAGCAGUCGGUGCAAAGGGGGACGUAUUCUGUGGACCUAUUCUUACGCACUUUUGUGUCGGAUCUAUUGCCCCUUUUCCCCACUAAUGGUGAACGGGUGCCCAAACUCCUAAUUUCCCAGUAACGCCAUGAGUGGCCCUUUGAAGAGAAAAUUCAGCGAAGUCGAUGAGGACCGCUGCUACUCGUCAUCCUCGCCCUCGUCACUCUCCUCCCCAGCCUGCUCAGAGUGGGACUCCGAUGGGGGGAGCUUCCACUCUGACACCCUGGAUUCGAGGCCUAGUGCUCCCAGCUCCCCAGAGGCUCUCGUUCCUACCACGUCCAUCCUGAAGAAGGCCAAGCGGCCGCGGAAGGGCGCCGUGCAGUUCCACCAGGUGAUCGUCUACUACUUUCCGCGCUGCCAGGGCUUCAGCAGCGUGCCCAGCCGCGGGGGAUGUACCUUGGGUAUGGCACGCGAGCACAGUGCCUGUCACAGGUACACCCUCGCCGAGUUCGCCCUGGAGCAGAGACACCUUCGCUGGGAGAAGAUAAAGGACAGGUUGAAGGAGGAGAAGCUCGAGGGCCUGAGGCAGAAGCUAACAAAGAAUGGCACCCAGGAUUCAGAAGAGGCCAGCAAGCUCACAGUGGAUGACAUCUCGGACGAGGACCUCGACCUCGGCGGUGUCGACCUGGGGGAUGGCUCGUCCCUCCAGCCAUACCCAUCCAAGAGGAGGCACGCUCUGCUGAAGGCUGCCGGAGUGAAGAAGAUCGACCGUGAGGAGAAGCGACAGCUUCACGCCAUCCGGCUCUCGCGGGAGGACUGUGGCUGCGACUGCCAGGGUUUCUGUGAGCCCGAGACCUGCACCUGCAGCCUGGCAGGCAUCAAGUGCCAGAUGGACCACUCCUCUUUCCCCUGUGGCUGCACCAAGGAUGGCUGUGGGAAUACCGAAGGCCGCAUCGAGUUUAAUUCAGGCCGGGUCCAGACUCAUUAUAUCCACACUAUCAUGAAGCUGGAGCUGGAGAAGCGUCUGGAGGAGGAGAGCAGUGAGGUGGACACCCUGGGCUUGUCCUCCGUUGAAGAGGACAAUGAUGCUCCCCCCGUCAGCCCCUCAUUCCACUUCAGCCCCGAACUAGCGGCAGCAGGAGACAACAGCUGUAGCAGCGACAUGACAGACUCCUCUUCCAGCUCUCUGAGCCAUAGCGAGGAUUUGGAGACGGGGGGGCCGCCAAGACCAGCCCGUCCACCGCUAGAUGUGGAUGACGAUGGACUGGCGCGCAUCCUCAGCUUCGGCGACUCCGACAACGAGGACUGUCCCGUUAGCAACGACGGACACCAGCAGAGCGGCCAGUGGCAGCAACGACGGCCACCUAAGGGACCGGGAGGUUUUGUUGCCGCAGAAUCCUUCAGUGGAAAUGGCAUGAGACCUGCCGUACCAAGUGACUGUGCAGACAAUCGGGUCCUGACAAUCUCCGAAAUGCUGGAUGAAAACGCCAACCAGGGCGGUGUGCCUCCAUCGACCGGCCCCGUGCCUGGUACCCUUCUCCCAUCCUUGGAUCACACCAACGGCUUAAUGGACCUUAGCCUCUCUUCAGGUUCUGACCUAGAGUUCUUUGAAGGCUUUCCCAGCUUCCGGCACAGCCCCAUGUACGGCUCGCUGAAAGACUACGAGAAUCUGGAUGACAAUUUUCAGUUUCAGUUUCCCAACUACCCCAACCUGCCCCAGGUUAAUGACUCUGGCACCUGCCUCCUGGAGUCCCUGAUAGGCCUGUCUGAAUCCAUCCCAGAGCCCUCUACGGCUUUUACGGACAACCAGUUGUUGGAAGAAGCUAUGAAGUCCUCCGUAUCGGAAUCACUAAAGGUUUAACAGAAAUGCUUUGGCAUUUGGCAAAAUUGCCCGAAGAAUGCACAUUUACACUUAUAAAACUUAUUUGGGUUAUAGCAGUCUAAAGAUUGCUGUGAACCAACUCUUGUUUUGCCACUCAUAUUUCAGUGAAAGGGAUAUCGUUAUCAUUAAUCAGUUUGUGAUUAAAACUUCAGUCAGGGAUCAUAAGUUAUUGGAAGGGUAGGUUAUGGGAUAAUGACCUUGCCUGCUUCUUCUGGCAGCAUUUGGCCUAAAAAGCAACUGCCACUUUGUGGCUAUGGAUGGGUCGCGAAAUGUGAUGCACCUAAUGGAUCUCUGGCCUGCAAAAUCACAGCAGUGGCAUGAAGAUCUUAGUAGUCACUUUUGACGUUCUCGAUUUGGGACCCAUGCACAGCCCUGGUACAGAGUCUGUAAACUCCAGUACUCUUGAGCAGUGGAGAGUUAAGCAUGUUGGAACAAAAUGCAUUAUUUCUUUAAAUAUCAAGAUAAACUGAUCUAUGGGUCACAUGUGCCAAAGCAGUAGCUAGUGUAAAUUCAACUGAAAAAAAUGCUCUCCACAGCUCUGAUGGACUGGAAUACUGGUCUAAAGCAUGAGUUCAGUUAACUCAGUUAGCACUUUACCCACAAGAAUUUUGACAAUUGAACUGAUAUUGGGCCGAAAUGUUGUCUUUGGCCAACAGCCUUAUUCUUUGGGGUCAAUGAAAUUAAUAGUUUACGCAACAUAGAACACAGAGCGUAUUAUUUAUGACCUACAAAUCUGAGUUGUGAAUCAUGUGGGCAUUUAGGGAAGACUAGUACAACUGUAAAGUCUCAGGAGUAUUGGAGGAGAUGUAAUUUAUUUUGUAUUUUUAAUUUAUUUUUCAAUGAAAAAUAAAUUCCAGUAGCGCUGUGGUCAGAGAUUUGGAAAUGCAUUUGCGAUAUUGGGAAGCCUCCAGAAAUCGGAGUGUACGGAUUGCUUACCUGGCCCUCAGCAUUUAUUGUCCUUGGGGUUGAGGUGGAGGGUUUGGGGGGUGGGCAGUGUGUGUGAGGGGUGAUGUCAUGGAGUUUUGGACGCUGUAGAUAAAGACAUGAGUAAUAAAAGUAGGCUCUGAUAAAAUAUAAUUUUAAGAAAUUAGAUUAUUUAUCAUUUGUCACUUCUGUUCUAAUUUAUUUAAUCUUAAAAUGUGCUCUCAUAAUAAGAGUUGACUUAAUGUGCCUGUUAUGGUGAGAGAUGACUUUAGUCCACAGUCUUGAUAUGGCUCAGCUAGCUGCUGCACUGGGAACUGUCCUCUAUUUGUCAACUCAAAACUAAGGGCCUGUCAAAUUAGACACAUAAAUAGGUAAUCCUAAUUUUUGUAACAAAAUUGUGUACAUUUAAAAAGAGAAUUCUAAUCUGUAUUACAGAAAUUAUUUUAUGACUAAAAAUUAUUAUAUAAAUCGUGGAAAUUUGAAACAUUUCUAAUAUAUUAAUUAUAAAAUAUCAUCAAAAUAGCCAUUGCUUAAAGAAAUAUUUGUAAUUAUUCUUUUGUCAAAUGGAAUGGAGAUAUGGGGGGGGGGCGGAUUCUCCAUAAAAUUACACUAAAUCAAAUAGAACUGAGCCCCAAAUUCAAGAUAUUUUGACUGGUGACAAGUAAGAACCAAAUAAUAGACUGUGCCAGUGAGUGAUUUCUGAGAUGUAUAUGUUUUAUGCACGUUCUAUUAAUGUGUUUUUCCCCCCCUUAUUUCGGGGGUGAAAAAAUUGUAUCAUUUUCACUAACACAAUAACAUAAUGAGGCCCCCCUUAACUAGCUGAAGUAUAGUUCAUUUCUGACUAGUGAUAGUGGCUUGGUGGCAUAGCGCCACCUUAUGGUUUGCACUUCUCCAGCUGUACUGUUCAGUUACAUUCCACGGCGUCCACAAACAUUCUUAGAAGAACAUGAAAUUAACCACCAUGUUAACAUUUACUUCUGCCUUUAUGUGUGUGUGUGUGUGUGUGUGUGUGUGUGUGUGUGUGUGUGUUUUUUUAUGUGGUUUUGAUUCAGUGCCAAAACAGGGCACUGAGUUUUGUAAAUAGUCUAUUUUUCUUGUAAAAAUAUAUGGCUUGUUCUGGAGAAAUGCAUUUCUGGGUAUUUAUUAUUGUAUUAAUUAAUAACACUGUAUUCAUCUCAGACUUUGCUAAAUGCAUUUCAUUGCCCACAGUGUUGUCCUUAUUUACCUGCUUAAAUGGUACUGAGAAAAAAAAACAAAAAACAUUUUUUACAUUCUCAUUGUAAGGAACUUUAUAAAAUGUUUUCAUCCAAGCAAUUUGAAAGUGUUUCUAUUACUUCAAAUAAAUGUUCAGACUUUGUUAAA